GAAUGGUCCAGAAAUAACAUCUUCAGUGCUCGUCGGACUAUGUCCCUAUGCUGGUGCUCGCGCUGUGUCUGAUGACCAAACUCCUAGAGUAUUCCUCGGGUCGCGUCUUGUACGUCCAAGAUGCCCCGGCCCCCACACAAAAGCCCAGGGAGGGCUCCAAACGGCCCUGCCGGCGGAGGGCGCGCCGGGCCCCCGCAAAAACGCAACAGGCCCCGAGGAACGAUAACCACAACGAGUCGUGCGACAAUAGGAAAGAAAAAAUGGGUGACCCAAACUGCAACAACCGCGGUUGGUGCGGCGAGGGUUGGCCCCGGAAGGGGCUGCUCUCGACCUUCAGCAUGUCAACGUACGACGACCUGGCCAGGGACCUGGACGCGAACCUGGCCCAAAUCGAUAUGGACGAGGAGUUGGACAUGCACUCUGUGCUCACCACGGUCAACAACUAUUCCGACUCGCAAUCAGACGCAUCCAGCAAGUUUCAGGAGAGCGUGUGCCGGUCAGAGCCUCUAUUCUCGCCGGUCAAAGACUCGCCCCUGACCAAUUUGACGAACAUUUCUGUCGAUUCCUUGGAUCUCGAGGGCGACAUUUUGCUGACCUGCCAGGCCAACAAAGACAACUACACCAUAGCUUUUGAAGACUACAGCACCGCUGGCGAAGACAGCUGGUGCGGGAGCCGCAAACUGUUUGAUGUUUGCAGCUCCAGUUCGGACGAAGGCCUGGGAGCGGGCCCAGGGGCCCCUCUCAGCCUGGUGAGGCGACUCUUCCUGAAACAGCAACAGAGAAGCGAGGAGAGGAUGAGCACCUCAAGCUCGAGCGAGCUCGACAGUUCGAGCAGAUUUUGCCCAGCGAAUAUUAAUGCACUUUUAAACAAGGCUAGAAAGGUAACCCAGUCGACACAAACUGAGGGCCAAAGUUUAAACCAGAGCGUACAGACCCGUUCUAUUGCUGGGCAACAACACCAAAGUGCCAGCAGGCCCCACCUUCAAGUUUGCUACCCAAACUAUGCCUUGCCCGACCUUUCCUUCCUGAAGACGGCCGGUACACCACCAGGAGCUACCGUUCAUCUCGCGCCGAGAGGUCCGCCCACCAGAGCGGGAAGACCCGGUCGCCCGAGGCCGUUCUCUUUGGACGACGUCGAAAGGCUUAAGGACAAGGGACUUUCUCACGUAAGAGAUUGGGACAGUCUGAAUAUUCUAUUGCCUGCUGAGUGCAGGCAGAUUCUUGAGGGGUCAAGCUCCUCCUCAGGGUAUCAUAGCCCUGCCACCCCUAGGACACUAGUGAGAGGAAAGGGAAGCAAAGAUGAGUUGAACAACAACCCGUGCUGGGACCAACAAACCAGUGAGGAUGUGCUGAGGUUGCGAGCUCAGGUGUCUAGUCAGCUGCUCAGAACAGUGCAGUUCGCACCCCCCAAUUCCCCGUGCCAUCCACCAAAAGAUGAAAUAUCAGAAGUUAUUCCCCAGCAACACCGUAUUCCCUUCAGUCUGCCUCUCAACCUGGACCUUUCAAGCGUAUCAGUUAAUUUCCCAGACAUGGUGAGCUCGUUCCGCGUAGCAUGUCAGCAGUACUCGGCGUGUCUGUCGGAACCAAACACACUGCAGACGGUGGCACUUCAGCAGAUUUGCCCCGCCCUGACAGACAUUCUGAGUCACGGUCUUCGACCUGAAGUAGACACCGGUUUUGGUAUGGUGCCUAAUUCAGCUUGGCGAGUGGUUGAAGCGGCCGCGCACAGCGGUCAAAUCGCCAAGGCUUUGAACGACCUGUUGAUGCGAGUCAACGCUGACGAUAUGCUUACUGAAGGACCACUCAAAGUCAACGCUUUUAUCUUCGGACUUAUAAAUGUUGGUGCGCUUGGAGCAUGGCUGUCACUUUUACGAACGCGAGAGUCGCUAAUCCGCAAGCACUACGUGUCCACCGCCUUCCUGGCCGGCGCCAGUAGCAUUGCCCGGCAACACUUUGACGCCGUGGUGGCCGCUGCGGACGCAUUGCCCAGGCCACCAGCGCACCUGGACCUGUUGCUUGAGGUGAAACGGCUUCAGCGCGGCCUGAGGCCGUUGCUGAGUCGUCCUCGUUCUUGCGUCCACGAGAACCUCAGCCUACAGCUGGGACAAAAUGGACCGGAAGAGCGGAGGCAGCGCCGCUGGUCGGCGACCGCCUCUCCAAAGCUCGCACAGGCUCUUGAACGACUGGUGGCCGAGGAAGCGGCCAAAGCGGAGGCUUCUUCUGAAGAGCCUUCUGAGGCGGACAGUUUAGAGACCAGGGAUCGAUUUAAGAAAUUGCAACGCCAGUGGGAGCUCAUGAGCCGACCUUCGAGGAUCCCCAGGCUCAUCAACUCACCCUCCAGACCUAUGGCACCCUCGUGGCCUCCCGCCCACACCCCCUCUCCGCCGCGGCCCGUUGAGCUGCGGCAAAAACCGUUUAAAGCGCCACCCCCUACCCCUCCUAAGCCCAAGACAACAGUGAAACCGCAACCCGCUGCGAAGAAACCCGCCGUCAGUUAUAGGGGACAACCACUGAGGCGUGUACAGACUGUGAGGCAUCGGUUGGGAGCCGAGUCAGGCCACCUGAGUUACGACAAGGGCCAAUCGCUAGAAGUGCUGGUCUUCGUGGACUCGAAGUGGCUCCUGUGUGCCAAGGGGGCUCUGAAGGGCCUGGUGCCCCGCGAGGACGUCAUGUGAUCUCACACAAGGCUCCGGGGCCCAUCCAAGGCGUGCCCCUAGGUCCGACCAACCGACUCUCGACUGAAAGGACUGAUGGACAGUGCAAUUUUGCUUGUGUGCAAUUCUCUCAUACAGACAAAAAUUCAAAGUGCAGCAUUUACUUUAUAAGAGCAGGUUAUAUAGCAAGUUUCAGACGUAAGGGUGUAAUUCUAAUUGCGAAAGAAAAAGCUGUAAUUAUAGUGAACUCUAAAUACCUGUAAUUAUGUAUAUCAUCGAUAUAUAUCUCUCAAUAAGGUGUACCUUAGCUGGUAAGAACGUAAGUAAUCCCACAGCUUACAAAUUACUAGCAGCAAACAAGCAUUGUAAGUCGAAACUAACUGUGCAAAAAUCAAUAAAAAUCUAUAUAUCACUACAUCGCACAAA